AAGCCGGAAGUGGAUCGGCCUGGGUCGGUCCGGGCGUUGCGGGAUUGGGGCCUGGGAUCGCUCGGCCCCGGGCAGCCGAGAAGCCUGUGACGGGGCGGAGCGGCGCCAUCCCAGUUCUGAGGCCUGCUGACCGGCAGGCUCCCGUGCGCGCCCGGCCGGAGGUCGGCGGCUACCAGCAGCGACCGCAGAGCGACGGCCGGCGGCCCCGGGCAUGUACGCCCCCGGAGGCGCAGGGCUGCCCGGCGGGCGCCGACGGAGGAGCCCAGGAGGCAGCUCUCUGCCCAAGCAGCCGGAGCGCAGUCUGGCUUCGGCCCUGCCCGGCGCCCUGUCCAUCACCGCGCUGUGCACUGCCCUCGCCGAGCCCGCCUGGUUGCACAUCCAUGGAGGCACCUGUUCCCGCCAAGAGCUGGGGGUCUCAGAUGUUCUGGGCUACGUGCACCCGGACCUGCUGAAAGAUUUCUGCAUGAACCCUCAGACAGUGCUCCUGCUGCGGGUCAUCGCUGCCUUCUGUUUCCUGGGCAUCCUGUGUAGUCUCUCCGCAUUCCUUCUGGAUGUCUUCGGGCCCAAGCAUCCAGCCUUGAAGAUUACCCGUCGCUAUGCCUUCGCCCACAUCCUCACCGUCCUGCAGUGUGCCACUGUCAUCGGCUUUUCUUACUGGGCUUCCGAACUCAUCCUGGCCCAACAGCAGCAACAUAAGAAGUACCAUGGCUCCCAGGUCUACGUCACCUUCGCCGUCAGCUUCUACCUGGUGGCGGGAGCUGGUGGUGCCUCAAUCCUGGCCACGGCAGCCAACCUCCUGCGCCACUACCCUACAGAGGAAGAGGAGCAGGCGUUGGAGCUGCUCUCUGAGAUGGAGGAGAAUGAGCCGUACCCCGCAGAGUACGAGGUCAUCAAUCAGUUCCAGCCGCCCCCAGCCUACACUCCGUAAUGCCAAGCGGAGGUGUUCUUCUAGGGCCAUUCCCCUUCCCCUCUGCGGCUCCUCCUGUCCCCCCAGGGAGCUCCUGUCCCCAGCCGGCCUCACUGGUAGGAUCCUGACCAUUGCUGCACCUUCCCCACGAGAGACUUUGCCUUUAGGGCUGUCCAUCUGUCCCUGCUCUCAGAACCUGGGACUCACGAUUUUCUAGAAUGCAACUGUUUCCCCUCCUGCCACCCUCUGCUCCCUUCCUGCUCACUAGUUAUUACAAACUGGGGAUGGUCAGACAAGUUUCCUCCCCUCGUGGGCCACAUCUUCGGGGCUGAGACUUUCCUUGGGGAGCUGCUGAUAGUGGCCUUCCCCAGAGAAGUGUCAUUGGGGCCCAGGGGAGAGGGGACGGUGCCCUGCAGGCCUCCUUCACAGGCCCAGUGUUGGUUCCACAGCUGGAGCUCUGGCUGGCCCUGCUCUGUCCCCUGCCCUGCUCUUCCCCAUCCCUUCUCCAGUGGCCCAGUGCCAGGCUGCCUGUUCUGUGGAAUUCUCUGCACUUUAGCCUUUGGCCUUCUCCUCACAGGUGUUCUGCUUCUCCGGGGGGAAGGAUUGGCCACUAGGAAGCGGGGCAGUUGCUUGCCCUGCCCUUGGCCUUCUGCCCUUGGCUUUGUGUGGCUGGAGCCAGGCAGGAAACCUGGCAGGAGACCAAGGCCUCCUGGUGCCUACACACGAUCAGAGUGAAGGGGACGAUCUCCCCAGCCCCUUCACCUUUUAAAAUGUGAGCGGUUUUACAAGGAAACAACCAAGCUACAGCGACAACACUCUUUUUAAAAAAUAGGGACAAGGCUGUCGCUGUUUUCCACAAAUGUGUUCCCUUCCUUCUGGCUCGGCAGUAUUUUGGGCCACAGCUCCUUCCCAGCUUGUAGUAUCUCCUUAGUCUCCCUAAGCAAUGUGCAGUCUCUUCCUGCCUCCCCACCACCCCAAUCCUCUGUGACUGUGGCUCCCUGGGGUCUUGAUAUGGAGCCCAGAGCUGCGUGGCCCCCGAGGGGCUGAGAACUGUGGCCUGGCUGGCUGGCCAGCGUGGUGCUCCUCAGAACUGCGGCACUGAGAUGUAACCUGGCCUUGGUUCAGGAACAGGGGCCACGGCGGGGCAGGAACCCACCAUUCCCCACAUGAGAACCCAACCAGCGGGCCCCAGUGGGUGAGUGUCAGAACCACCCUGUCAGACCAGCAGGCCUGGUUGGAGCCUCGAGUCUCUCUCAUCUGUCUCCCAUUUGGAGACUAGGGGCUCCAGCUUGCUGCAUGCCCCUCUCCCCUUCUCGAGUGUACUGUGGUCUACAAGUGUGCUAUUGGAUCUGUUUUGGACAGCCUUCACUCUGGCUGCCCCAUAGGCGCUAGGCCUGGCAGAAGUUUCUGCCCCAACAUUGGGACCUAUAGUGGGCAAAGCUUGACAGACUUUCAGUGUGGAUCCUGAUGGCCAAGCUGUCCUCGUUCAUUAUUGGUUUCUUUGGGAUCAGUGACCCUUGCCGAGCUGAAAAGGAGACAGCUUCCAGGCUCCUCCAACCCUUGUAAGGCAAUAGACAAUUGGAGCAAAACUGGGAAAUGGACAUCACUGUUGCUGUGGCUGAAAAGGGACUGCCCUGUCCCUGUCUUUGGCCACACUGACAAGCAGUGUCUAGACAGGUGCCCACAUGGGUGAUGAAGACCACAUGUACACACAACGUGAGCGGCUGCCCGAAGUUCACUGCUGAGAUUCCAAAGUGUGUCCCAAGGUGACCCUCCCGCUCACCCAGACUCUUCUUGGGCCAGGAAUGCUGCCUUGUGAUAGCUGAGCACAAAACCACAGGGCUGAGUGAGUCUUCUCUGAAUCCCCGAGUUUGUCACUGGCAGACUCCCGAGAUGUGGCCAGCUCUCUCUGACUACAUAGUCUGAGUGGGCAGGCCAGAAGACCAGGCACCAAACUCGCAUGCCAAAGUGACCCAGUCAUCUCACGAGGACCUGGACAUGACCUGACCUGAUGGACUGUUCCAUGAGAUUCAGCACCCAGUUUUUACUAGCCUCCCACAUCUCUGGCCUUUCUCUCUUCCCCAGCCCUUUCUAUCCUGACACUGAUAGUCUGUCGGAUAAAUUCCCUUGGUUGUGUUUUUUUUUUUUCUAGGAAAAAAAUUAAAAAGCAAAACAAAA